UCUUUGCAGUUUUUUAGUUUUAUGAUGCGUUAGUCGAGUUCGUCACAUUAGUUGACUAGCGUACGUUCCACAGAUAACGCCUUCAGUAGCACCAGUAACAUGGCCAACAACAGCAGUGCAAGCCUUUUAAGGAAACCUCAGCACAUUUUGGAGUUGAAUGUGGAGGAGAAACGUCGCUUUGUGGAAUCCUUUGAUCGGGUUUAUAGCGACAUCGAUGGCGUUAUCUGGACCAUGGAGUACAAUGUACCCAAUGCUGCCGAUGGCUAUGCAGCCCUGGAGCAUGCCGGCAAAGCAAUCACGUAUGUGACCAACAACAGUGCACGUACCGUGGAGUCCACUGUAAGUCGUUUCGCAAAGUUGGACAUGCAAGUGUCGCCGGAACAGAUCUGGCAUCCGGCUCAAACGCUUAUAUAUUAUCUGCGUAGCAUCAAUUUCGAUGGACUCAUCUACAUUAUAGCCACACCAAAGUUCAAGGCGUUGUUACGUGAUGCGGGCUACCAGCUGAUUGAUGGCCCCAAUCAUUUCAUUGAGGAGAGCUUCGAAGAUCUGGCCCGUAACAUCUUUGAUAAGCAGCCGGUGCGUGCCGUUGUCAUCGAUGUGGACUUUAAUUUGACCUCGACAAAGCUGCUUCGUGCCCAUAUGUAUCUGCGUCAUCCGGAUUGCUUGCUGUUGACCGGCGCCACAGAUCGUCUGCUGCCCGUGGCCAAGGGUGUGAAUAUCAUUGGUCCUGGACCCUUCGCCUCCAUUCUGAUCGAAGCCAGCGGCAAGGAGCCAUCAGUGCUGGGUAAGCCUGGACGAGAACUGGGCAAUAUGCUCAUGCAGCAGCAUAAGGUCAGCUCGCCCGAACGUGUGCUCAUGAUCGGCGAUAUGCUUGCCCAGGAUAUAAAGUUUGGUCGCCUUUGCGGAUUCCAAACGUUGCUCGUCCUCACCGGUGGCUGCACUCUCGACCAGCUCAAGACAGAAACCUCUUCUGACCUGCUGCCCGAUUACUAUGCCGAUAGUAUGGCCGAUUUUGUUAAACUUUUUGAGGAAGUCACACCCAGAGCACAUGUCUAGUCAACAAUUUAUUUACAAUCUAACAAGCUACAUGCCACAUGAAUUGCCUUAUUUUACCUGUUAUAUCAUUUUUCCCUACAUCCGUAAGAAAAUUAUUAUAUUUAACUCCCAUAAAAUCCUUAUUUAUGUAACCGUCUAUUUAUUUGUGCUGUUUUUAAAUACAUAAAUAAAACUUAAACUACUUACAUAAAC